CUUGGAGCGGCCGAUCUCGCCCCUGGCCUUCCCGGCCAACAGCAGCCUGGACCCAUGUGCAAAAGAGACUGUGCUCAAUGCCAUCAAGGAGUGCUCUCCUUGGAAGAGGGCUGUGGAGCCGGAGGAGGAGGAUGACCAGACUUUUGGAAACGAUCAGGAGAGCAAAAGAAGGCGCCACGAUAGCAGUGGGAGCGGGCACUCGGCGUUCGAGCCGCUGGUGACCAACGGUGCCCCGGCCUCUCUCAUACCCAAGCCUGGCUCUUUGAAGAGGGGCCUUGCCUCGCACUGCCCGGACGACUGCUCCACCAAGAGGUCCCGCACCUCUUCCCUGAGCUCCCUCAAUAACACCUACGCUGGCGGGAUCCCCAGCUCGGUCCGCAACGCCAUCGCCAGCUCCUACAGCUCCAGCUGGGGCCUCUCGCAGCUGCGGAAGAGAAGUGGUGUGAGCGUGUCCCCGCUGUCCAGCCCGGCAUCCUCCCGCUCCCAGACACCAGAGUGGCCUCUCAAGAAAGCCAGGGAAGAGGAGUCGCAUCGCUCCAACGCUUCCACCCCAGUGAAAUCGGACAAGGAGCUGCAGACAGAGAAAGCAGCGGAGACGCCGGUGCGGAAGAAGCAGAAUUCCCUGAGCCCGCCGUCCGCGCCGGGGAGCAGCGGGAAGCGCAAGCGGAAGAUCCAGUUGCUGUCGUCUCGCCCGGGGGACCAGCUGGCGCUGCCCCCGCCGCCUCAGCUGGGCUAUUCCAUCACGUCGGAGGACCUGGACGCGGAGAAGAAGGCGGCGUUGCAGUGGUUCAACAAAGCCUUGGAGGAUAAGGCUG